UUUCAAUUCAUUUGUGCCCCUCCAAGCCCUCUCUCUCUCUCUCUCCAAAACCUUCCUCGUCGACCAUCUCCCUUGACGGACGGGCUGACCCCCGGGUCGAGCAAUUGAAAGAACAAAGGAGAAGAAAAAGAGAGAAGACGAGAACAGAGGACGGUAGACGAGAGGCAAACGAGAGCGAGAAAUAUAUUCUAUUGAACCCAACCGAGAAGCCCCGGUUUGUUGUUGUCGCCCUAGACUUGACUUGGAUAGGUGAUGAGAACAACGAAAAAACGCAGAAUUCUCGCCCGCAAAUUCGUGAAAUGGUACCAGCUUUGUGAAGUCCAGACUCUCCAAACCGCUGACAGCGUUCUUCAUCCCACCACCACCACCACUCUGUCACCGGGCACUCGCUCUUGGUGCAGCCCACGCUGGUUUUGUGAUCAACCACGUUUCAUGAGCUCCAACCUCAUCAUAUGACCGUCUGGUAGUCUGCCCCUGGCAUGUCCCCUACGAUGAAUCUUCCGGCCGCAGCGGACUCCCCAUCCACCAUGGCGUCGUCCGGCAGGUCUCCGACCCUCCAUUCCAACGAUUCGCCUCACCCUUCCACACCUCUGGACCGCAACCAUGUACCGGCGACGGCCACUCCGCCCAUCAACCAGCUCCCCGUCUCCGGUGCACCUCCAUCCUUCAUUACUGGCCCAAUCACGCUGGACCCAUUUGCCACGCCGUCGGCGACUCUGAAUCCUCGGAGCUGUGUAACAUGUCGCCGCCGCAAAGUUCGUUGCGACAAGCACAUGCCGUGCGGCAAUUGUCGCAAGGCACAGAUCCAAUGUGUCUUCCCGGCUCCCGGACGAGCCCCGCGACGACCGCGUGCCAAAGAUCCAAAUGCUCCACCUAAGCAGACUAGUGAGCGCGAGAUGGAGCUUAUGAAGCGGUUGCGAAAACUAGAAGGGAUUGUAGAAGACUUGAGUGGCCAAAUUGAGUUUGAAACAUACAAGCAUGGCGCAGCCAAUAGCGAAUCACCUGAAGCAACAUCAUCCGACACUGUGCUCGAAAACGAUCGCCGGAAAACGACGGCAAGCCCUUCGAUCGAGAACGUCUCGUCGAUGAACAACGUCCCACCCGGCUACUCUGCGCCGCGCCGAACAAACACUGGUGGUUCAGCGACGAGCAGUAACAUGGCAAAUGCCAAGGGUCAGCACAGUAGCGAUGUGCACAAGGACUUCGGCAAGCUUGUAUUGAAUGAGAAGGGCAAGGUUCGAUACGUGAACAAUGCGUUCUGGAGUAAAAUUACCGAAGAGAUCGAAGCCCUUCGAUCAGAAACCCAGCGUCUCACUGACGAUUCCUCUGACUCGUCUGGUGAUGAAGACUCCCCGGUUGCAGCGGAUCCUCAAACAGAUCGACACCUCGAUCAUCACGGAUUCAUUUUCGGCUACAGCUCGUCAAAUGUCGACUUGCGAUCACUCCACCCUCUACCGUCGCAGAUGCUGUUUUACUGGCAAGUCUAUAUGGAUAAUGUUGACCCGAUAGUGAAGCUUCUUCAUGUUCCUACCAUGACCAAAACUGUCAAGGAAUUACGAAGCGACAUGAGCACCAUGACUCCUGGCGUUGAAGCUCUGAUGUUUUCUAUUUAUCUCGCUGCGAUCACGUCUAUGGAACAGGACGAAGUUGUGACGAAUUUUGGUGCCGAGAAGACGCAGCUCCUUGCACGGUAUCGCUUCGCUACUGAGCAGGCCUUGGCUAAAGCAAAUUGUAUAACAACCUCAGAACUAGUCGUGCUUCAGGCUUUUGUGCUAUUUCUUAUUCUUGUCCGACGGUACGAUGACACGAAGUUUUCUACCACGCUCACUGGCUUAGUAGUAAAGAUUGCGCAGUCCCUGGGUCUGCAUCGAGACGGGACUCACUUCGAUAACAUAACGCCAUUUGACAUCGAGAUGCGACGGAGGCUUUGGUGGGCCAUCUGUGUAUUAGACCUUCGAUCUGCAGAGGACCAAGGCUGCGAGUUGACCGUAGUGGAGCGGUCCUUUGACACCCUAUUCCCCCUGAACGUCAACGAUAGUGAUAUCAGCCCCGAAAUGACAGAGUUCCCCCCAGAGCGUAUCGGCUCUACGGACAUGACUUUCUGUCUCAUUCGAUAUGAGAUUUGUGGCUUGUCUAGGAAACUACAUACUGCCUCGAGCCCGCUAUCGAUGUGCCCCACGGCUCCGCAGAGCACUCCUGAAGAACAGGAAACCAAGCUCAUUGAGAUGUACGAACACAUCGAUCAGAAAUAUCUGAGAUUGUGCCCAGCUAAAGAAACCGACCUGCUUAAUUGGGUCUCUGCCACAAUCGCACGACUCAUCAUGUCCAAGAUGAGUCUUGUUAUCUACCAACCCCUAAUGCCCUCUUCCGGUAACAACGACCUUCCUAGCGACGUGCGCGAUCGACUUUUUAUGGCAUCGAUAGAAGUUGUUGAGUAUAGUAGGGUUCUUAACUCGGAGCCAAAAAUCCAGCGCUGGAGGUGGCUUUUUCAAACAUACAACCAAUGGCACGCCGUCGCAUACCUUCUGCUUGAGGUUUGUCGUCGGUCUUGGUCCGCCUCUGUCGAGCGUGGAUGGAUCGCGCUCAAUGCGACCUUUGGAGACAAGAACAUUGACAUAGCCAAACCCGUAAUAUGGAACUUAUUAAGAAAAUUGAUGAUUCAAGCAAAGAGACAUCGAGAGAGCGAGAUUGCGCGAUUGCGGGCCAACCCCCAAGCUGCUGAAGAACUUGAUAUCGAAGAACACAACAAACUUCCACCAGCCAGUUUCCAACACCUACCCAGCUCUAUCCGUAGCACUCUUGCACGAGAUCGAUGGCGGAAGUUAGUGGGCACAAACUGCCAGGAUACACAAGCCCCGAAUCCUCUCAAGUCAGACCACAGCAGCAGUAGCAGAAGCAGCAAUAGCAACCUCAGCUUAUCGGAGACAAUAACCGCAACGCCCCAACAGUCAUUCCAAAAGUCCGCAGACAUGCAGCUUGACAGCGCAAUGAUGGAGCCAUUUUUCAGCCCCGAAAACAUAUUUCCUAUAGCCUUCGCGGGCGAUUCCAGCGAGUACGCAAGUCAAGCGCUGCUCAACGGCGAAGCCUUCGCACACCAAGGCUUCAAGACACCACAGCCGGGUAUCCCCAUCGAAACCUUCAGCACAAGGGGUGAUAACGCGCUGCCGAAUCGUCACCAUCAUCAACAAGACAGUUUACAAAUGGAUAUGGGAACCGGGGACGCCAUGACAGACGACCACCCGCCUCCUUGGUUAUGGAACCUCUCGGGUUUGUCCGCUACUACAAAUAAUAAUACUAAUAAUAAUAACUUCGCGGGGCUCUACGGGAACAAUGUUCCUGGGGCUGUGGGUGACGACCAGGACGUCACCAUGGAUACCAGUGAGGUUGUCAACUGGCAGAACUGGAUGGAUUCCGGGCUGGGCAUCAACGGAGUCGGCUUUACCGGUGGUAUAUAAGGGCCAUCUUUUUACUCUCGGGGCUAGACUCAUAUGGAUACGCACGGGCAAUCAGUAGGUUAUGAUAGAUAAUCAUUGGGCUUUGGGACUAGAUCUUGGAAAGAUGGACGGGAACCCAUCCAGUCUCUUGAAAGUAUACACAGAGACACACAUGAAUGGAUAUGUGUGUUGCGAAGGGGGAUGGAUAUAGUAUACUACUACGGCUGUAUUACUGACAGUAUAUACGGAGGGGGAAGAUUGGGAAACGAAAUGAAUUCUGCGUUGAAUGGGACGAAGGAGCUUGGCGCUGGUGGGCGUUGUUGUUCUGUAUAUCUAAGUACCUAUCUUCUUAGUUAUCUAGUUAGUUAGUCAUGUACCUAUCUAUGUAUGGGGAGGUCUUGAGCGUUGCUUUAGUGGAAUUUUAUGAUAUUCGUGCGUCUUGCUGCUGGUUUAUACCCUCCU